GUCCUCCCAGUCUCUCCUCUCUUCACGCGCACACCCACUCUGCAUGGAACAAUCCUUCCUUCACUGCUUCUAAAUGGACAUUUCUGUGGCAACGUUUCACCAGUGAAGACAGCAGCUGCCGCCGCUCCACUUCACAAGCUCCUACAUGCUGGAUUAAAAAAAAAAAAAGAAAAAGUGAGGAGCGGAGAGGAACAGGGGGAGAUCUCUGAACAUGAGUGAGGAAGCUAAAGAGAAAUCAGGCAGCGGGAAAGCAGCCCAUCGCAAGAAGAAAGGCAAAAAGUCUGACAGUAAUGCCAGUUACCUACGAGCAGCCCGGGCAGGGAACCUCGAAAAGGUUCUUGACUACCUCAAGUCUGGGGUUGAGAUUGAUAUUUGCAAUCAGAAUGGUCUGAAUGCUCUUCAUCUAGCCUCCAAGGAGGGGCAUGUGGAGGUUGUUGCCGAGCUGCUGAAGCUCGGAGCCACUGUGGAUGCAGCAACAAAGAAAGGAAACACUGCUCUGCACAUAGCCUCGCUGGCUGGCCAAGCGGAAGUCGUCAAAGAGCUGGUGACUAAUGGCGCCAAUGUCAACGCACAAUCUCAGAAUGGAUUCACCCCUCUGUACAUGGCAGCCCAGGAGAAUCACCUGGAGGUGGUGCGGUUCCUUCUGGAGAACAACGCCAGCCAGAGUAUGGCCACUGAGGAUGGCUUCACCCCUCUGGCGGUGGCCCUCCAGCAGGGCCAUGACCAGGUGGUCUCCCUGCUGCUGGAGAACGAUACAAAGGGCAAGGUACGCCUACCUGCCCUGCACAUCGCUGCCCGCAAGGACGACACCAAGGCCGCGGCCCUGCUACUACAGAAUGACCACAACGCGGACGUCGAGUCCAAGAGUGGUUUCACCCCGCUUCACAUCGCAGCUCACUAUGGCAACAUUAACGUGGCCACACUACUGCUGAACCGAGGGGCUGCUGUGGACUUCAUGGCGAGGAAUGACAUCACGCCGCUUCAUGUGGCAGCAAAAAGGGGCAACAGCAACAUGGUCAAGUUGCUGCUGGACAGAGGGUCCAAAAUUGACGCCAAGACAAAGGAUGGUCUGACACCUCUUCACUGUGGGGCGAGGAGCGGUCACGAGCAGGUGGUAGAAAUCCUACUAGACCGAGGAGCUCCUUUCCUGUCCAAGACCAAGAACGGCCUAUCACCGCUCCACAUGGCCACUCAGGGGGACCACCUUAACUGUGUCCAGCUCCUGCUCCAGCAUGACGUGCCGGUGGACGACGUCACCAACGACUACCUGACCGCGCUGCACGUCGCUGCUCACUGUGGUCACUACAAGGUGGCCAAGCUCAUCGUGGACAAGAAGGCCAAUCCAAACGCCAAGGCCCUGAACGGUUUCACCCCGCUUCACAUCGCCUGCAAGAAGAACAGAGUCAAAGUGAUGGAGCUGUUGCUAAAACAUGGAGCUUCUAUCCAAGCUGUCACUGAGUCUGGCCUGACGCCCAUCCAUGUAGCAGCAUUCAUGGGCCAUGAGAACAUUGUCCAUUCACUGACACACCAUGGUGCAUCGCCUAACACCACCAAUGUAAGAGGUGAAACAGCUCUCCACAUGGCAGCCAGGGCAGGCCAGGCAGACGUAGUCCGAUACCUGCUGAAAAAUGGAGCCAAGGUGGAGACCAAGUCCAAGGAUGACCAGACACCAUUGCACAUCUCCAGUCGGCUGGGGAAAGUCGACAUCGUCCAACAGCUGCUGCAGUGCGGCGCCUCUGCUAAUGCAGCCACCACCUCAGGCUACACCCCCCUUCACCUGACUGCCCGCGAAGGACACCAUGAUGUCGCUGCCAUGCUGCUGGAGCAUGGAGCCUCACUCACCUCCUCUACGAAGAAAGGGUUCAGUCCCCUCCAUGUGGCAGCCAAGUACGGCAAGAUGGAGGUGGCCGGGCUGCUCCUACAGAAAAGAGCUGCACCUGAUGCUGCUGGAAAGAGUGGGCUAACUCCACUGCAUGUAGCCGCUCACUACGAUAAUCAGAGAGUGGCACUGCUGCUGCUGGAUCAGGGAGCUUCCCCACACGCUGCCGCCAAGAAUGGCUACACGCCGCUCCAUAUUGCUGCCAAAAAGAACCAAAUGGACAUUGGGACCACACUGCUGGAGUACGGCGCCGACACCAACGCGGUGACGCGGCAAGGCAUCAGCCCCAUUCACCUGGCAGCGCAGGAGGGCAGCGUGGACUUGGUGUCACUGUUGCUGGCCAAGAACGCCAACGUCAAUAUGUGCAAUAAGAGCGGACUUACACCACUCCACCUAGCAGCUCAGGAGGACAAGGUCAAUGUUGCAGAAGUCCUUCUCAACCACGGGGCUGAUGUCAACCCACAAACAAAGAUGGGUUACACGCCGCUGCAUGUGGCUUGUCACUAUGGCAACGCAAAGAUGGCAAACUUCCUCCUGCAGCACCAUGCCAGAGUCAAUGGCAAAACAAAGAACGGGUACACUCCACUACACCAAGCAGCUCAGCAGGGCCACACACACAUCAUCAACCUGCUGCUUCAACACGGGGCCUCAGCCAACGAGCUCACCAUGAAUGGGAACACUGCCCUAUCUAUUGCCCGUCGUCUUGGGUACAUCUCUGUGGUGGACACUCUGAGGCCCGUGACGGAUGACAACUUGAUUGCUAUGAGUGCAUCAGAAAAACACAAAAUCAAUGUCCCAGAGACCAUGAAUGAGUUCCUCGACAUGUCGGACGAUGAAGGUGAGGAUGCGAUGACCGGGGACACGGACAAAUACUUGCGGCCUCAGGACCUCAAAGAGCUGGGGGAUGACUCUCUCCCCCAGGAGGGGUAUAUGGGUUUCAGUAUAGGAGCCCGCUCAGCCAGCCCUAGACUCAGUUCGGAUAGGUCCAACACACUCAACCGGAGCUCCUUCGCCCGCGACAGUAUGAUGAUUGAAGAGAUUCUCGCCCCCACAAAGGACACGCACUUGGCUGUGACCAGAGACUACAGCUCGGAGAGUAUGCGGCGCUACAGCUGGACUCCGGACACCGUGGACCACAGCCACAACACUGUGUCCAGCCCCAUUCACUCUGGGUUCUUAGUCAGCUUCAUGGUAGACGCCCGCGGUGGUUCUAUGAGAGGCAGCCGCCACAAUGGCAUGCGCAUCAUCAUUCCCCCCAGGAAGUGCACAGCACCCACACGCAUUACCUGUCGCCUGGCCAAGAGGCAUAAGCUGGCCUACCCCCCACCCAUGGUGGAGGGAGAGGGGCUGGUCAGCCGGCUGGUGGAGGUCGGGCCAGCUGGGGCUCAGUUCCUCGGUCCCGUGAUUGUGGAGAUCCCUCAUUUUGGGUCCAUGCGGGGGAAAGAGAGGGAGCUGAUUGUGUUGAGGAGUGACAAUGGUGACACGUGGAAGGAGCACCAGUCUGAUGCCAGACCAGAAGACCUCACUGACCUGCUCAUUGGGAUGGAUGAAGAGCUGGACAGCCCUGCUGAGUUGGAGAAGAAGCGCAUUUGCCGCAUCGUCACCAGAGAUUUCCCUCAGUAUUUCGCCGUGGUGUCGCGGAUCAAGCAGGAGUCAAACCACAUGGGUCCUGAUGGAGGCAUGCUUUCCAGCAGCACUGUGCCAAUGGUCCAGGCCUCUUUCCCUCAGGGUGCACUCACCAAGAGGAUCCGUGUUGGCCUGCAGGCCCAGCCUGUACCUGAUGACAUGGUGAGGGCGGUGCUUGGGAACAGAGCCACCUUCAGCCCCAUCGUCACUGUGGAGCCCAGGAGGAGGAAGUUCCACAAGCCAAUCACAAUGACGAUCCCUGUCCCACCUAGAUCAGCAGAAGGCCAUCCCAGCGGCCACCGAGGCGACUCUGCACCCUGCCUGCGUCUGCUCUGCAGCAUCACAGGAGGAACGUCCCCUGCCCAGUGGGAGGACAUCACAGGGACCACACCACUCUCCUUUGUAACUGAUUGCGUCUCCUUCACCACAAAUGUGUCGGCCAGGUUCUGGCUCGCAGACUGUCACCAGAUUCCUGAGACGGUGAGUCUAGCGUCUCAGUUAUACCGGGAGCUGAUCUGCGUGCCGUACCUGGCCAAGUUUGUGGUGUUCGCCAAGAUGAACGAUGCUAUUGAGGCUCGGCUGCGCUGCUUCUGCAUGACAGACGAUAAAGUGGACAAGACCCUCGAGCAGCAGGAGAACUUUGAGGAAGUGGCCCGCAGCAAAGACAUUGAGGUUCUUGAGGGUAAACCUAUCCAUGUGGAUUGCUAUGGCAACCUGUCCCCUCUGACCAAAAGCGGGCAGCAGCUGGUUUUUAACUUCUUCUCCUUCAAGGAAAACAGACUUCCUUUCAACGUGAAGAUCAGAGACAUGGGCCAAGAGCCAUGUGGCCGUCUCUCCUUCCUGAAAGAACCAAAAACCUCUAAAGGUCUUCCACAGACUGCCAUAUGCAAUUUGAAUAUCACACUGCCAAACCACAAGAAGGAUAUGGAGUCUGAUCCUGAUGAUGAGACUGAAAAGCCAGAACGACGUCAUACCUUUGCCUCCUUAGCUUUGCGUAAGCGCUACAGCUAUUUGACCGACCCAGCAGCGAGUCCCCAGAGUCCUUGUGAGCGAACAGACUUGCGCAUGGCUAUCGUUGCAGAUCACCUGGGACUCAGUUGGACAGAGCUGGCUCGGGAGAUGAACUUCACAGUGGAUGAGAUCAACCACAUCAGGCUAGAGAACCCCAACUCUCUGACAGCACAGAGCUUCAUGCUACUAAAGAAAUGGGUCAGCCGGGAAGGGAAAAAUGCCACAACGGAUGCCUUAACUGCAGUGCUGACCAAAGUCAAUCGGAUGGAUAUUGUGACUUUACUGGAGGGCCCAAUAUUUGACUAUGGUAACAUUUCAGGCACGAGAUGUUUUGCCGAUGAUAACGCUGUUUUCCGGGAUCAGGCUGAUGAUUAUCAGAGCAUUCUAGCGGAGCUGCAGUCCCCCGCCACACUGCACUCUGACCCCCACUUCCUGGAGCCCGAACUCCCCGUCACCCCCAACCCUUCCCUUGCCCCCCAACAACACCACCAUUACCCAGCACCAGACACCCCUUUGCUGGCUGACUCCCAGCCUCAGACCCUGCCCUGGAGUCCGGAGAUAGAGCCUGGUAGUGGAGAGCCAGACAGCCCCCCUAAGAGUCCCCCUAGACCCUGUGAGCUUGCCCUGGCCGUCCCAGUCUUUGAACUCCCUGAUCCUGUCCCUUCCAAGGUCAAAAAGCCCCACAUCGCUUUGAACGAUCAGCUGCUUUUGAGCGAGGAGGAGGACAGGUCUUGUCAAGAAAUGGAGCUCAGCCACAAGCCCAAGUCACACUCCUUCCCUGCGAUGUGUGAGUUAGACAUCGACAUGGCUUACUCCACAUCUUCCCCUUCAGUAUCAUCAGUAUCAUCAAUAACACCUUCAUCGCCUGACAGAGCACAAAUAGGAGACAGAGGAGUACAGAUGGUUGACCCCAAUGGGGUACAAGAGGAUGUAGGUUUGAAAGGAGGUGAAAAGGAAGUGACAGAAGAAAUGAAGAAGGUUGUUGAGAUGGUUGCAGCAGAGUUAGGGGAGGGAAAUGGAUUAGUGGAAAGGUGGGUAGAGCAGGACUUGAUUAAAAAUGUGGAAAGAAAAUGUGAGAUUGUGACAAAAGAUAGGUUUAAGUUGGAAGAGGAAAAUAACAUUUUGGUGGAGGAAGGAGAGGGGUCUGCAGAGGAGGAGAAAGAUGUGAUAAAUGAGCAGCAUGUCCCUAUUCAAGAUGGAAAUAAGGAGACAGUCUGUGAGGUGGAGGAGGUGAGAGAUGUGCAGAAUCUGUUAGAAGAGCAGCAUCAUUUGGUAGAAAUUGGGCAUGAAAUGGAAAAAGAUAGAAUAGAAGCAGAGACUGUCAAAGAGGGUAUUGAUGGAACACCUGGGAUACAAAAAGUGGAUGGAAGCAGUGAGGAAAGGGUCUACCAAGGUGACAGAGUGGAUGACACAGAAGGAGAACUGCAAUUCAAGGAUGAAGGAGAGCUGUGUAGCAAUGAAGGAGAGAUUUCCUUGAAAUCAGAAGGAGACCAGGCAGUCAAGGACCAGGCUGCAACUGACCUCUCCCCUCAGGCCUGGGUUGAAGCGCUUGGGGAACGCCAGCCCAGUGAGUCUGGAUCCAAUGAGGAAGAGGAUGAGGGAGAUGGAGACAAAGAAAUCACAGAAGAGGCAUUAGGAUCUCUGUUGGAGGAGGUGAAGAACGAAGAAGAAGGCUCAGAGGAGAAGGAGGAGGACAAGGAGAUCACCGAGGCCAGGGUUCAGGAGAUUCCCGAUCAGGUUGAACAGGCAGAAAAAGACAUGUGUUCACUUUCAGGUUGGCACAGUGAUUCAUCCAGCGUCAAUGUGGAACCACCAACGCCAGGCCGCAGUGUCAGCUCGGACUUGCUCGACAGGCGGGAAAGCCAAGAGAACUCUAGUGACUCCAUCACUUCCUCGUCCAGGGGCGAAUCAGGGAGGUCCCGACACAACGGUGACAACUCAAGGCACUCACCUCAGGGCGGCUCAUCUGAGUCAUCGAAUGGCAAAAAGGAAGAGGGAUCACUGGUGUCGGAGAAGAAAGUCCAGCAGCGGGUUAGUGUAGAUUCUGGCUCAGAGGAAGAACAGACUGUAACCACCAGAAUCUUCAGGCGCCGUCUCAUUUUAAAGGGAGAACAAGCAAAGAAUAUCCCUGGCGAAUCUAUGACAGAGGAACACUACAUGGACCGAGAUGGUAACCUCAUCAGUAGAAAAGUUAUCAGGAAGGUCAUUCGGCGGGUGUCUACUCCCACACCAGAAAACCAAGGAGAUGACAGGUGGCACCGAGACCUUCAGCAUAGUCCCACUCUGCAGGAAGAAUGGCCAGAGCAAGGAGAAGGAUCAAGAAAUAGCAGGCGAAAGGAGGAUAGAAGAUCUGGAGAUAAAAAGCACCACUCAUAGGGAUGGUUGUGCUCUGCCAGAUGUGCAGGAACCGUGUUAGAUGUUUCCUGGGAAUAAGUGUUACAGAAGAAGACUGGGGAGUUCCAGUGUGAGGACUUCAGGCAAGGGUCCAGUCUGCAACUUUCUGCUUCAAACAAAUGGUUUUCACGUGAGAGGAGUCGACCCUUCUGACUUAAGCAUGAGCAUGAAAAACUCACUCCCUGUCAAUCAAAGGACCCGGGAGGUUCUCACUUUCCGACUGUGGACCCGUGGACAAUGAUUCUGCUUCCUGUUUUGUGUGAAACACUACGUGCCAUCGGUCCACUGCUGUCGUGAGAGCUUUUGAGGAGCAUCGUUUUGUUGUGAGAAACGACAAAGACUCCAAUUACUGACAACCACACAGGUGCAACUGUGACCAAAGAUGGCACAAGAGCUCAAUCCACAUGGUUGGUGGAAAGUAUGAAAUAGACACAAAUAACACACAAAAAAAAUUCUAAUGGAACACUUCAACCAACUUCAACACUCGCCUUAUAGUUUUUUCUUGAACCCAUUGUUGUCAGGAUGUAAAUUGUUUGGGAAUUUUUUUCUUCCUUUUUAAAACUUAAACUAACACAAAAAGCUUUUUUCUGUAUAUAGAAUUACAAUGUGUAAAAUUCUUAAAAAGGAUACGGUUGAGAACGCACUGAGGAGAGUAACCUUUUCAAGUGCUUUCAAAAUGUAUUGAAGCAGUUCCACUUUUAAAGAUUUGAGUGUAACACAGGUUCUUGUAUAAUUAAUUAUUAGAGCAGGUAUAAUGUUUGUACAUGAAAAAAAAGCUGGUUUGAUUUUAACAGAGGAAAUUUCCAGAAAAUCAAAUUUCAGUAAUUCCCAAAGUGGGAAUGGAUCUAAUCCUGCAAAAGCAGCCUUUCAGAGUACUCAUAUUUUCAUGCAUGCUGUUCACAUUAUUUUAAGUACAAUUUUUACAAGUUUGCAAACACUGUAUUCAAAUGACAAAUAAAACCCUUUAUCUGUGUACACGUACAGUAUAGCCCUAACAUUUGUCACCGAUUUUAUAUUUUAAAUUGAAAAAGGAUACCAUUAAAGCAUUUAUCAUGUUGGGAGUGAGGAUGAAAAAAGUUCUAUAGCUUCUUGAGGGUGCGAUGUCUUGUCUGUCUAUGUAAAACCGGAGGGCAGCUUCUGCUACAAGAACGAAAUUAUCUGAAUGUAAAUGCUAGUAGGCUGGCUCGCUGUAAAAUUAUAACUGUAUUGUGCGUAUUGGCUAUAAGGUGUAGGAGUCUCUGUACACUGUUAGACUGUUUGUAAUCAUUUUAGCAGUGUGUCAAUUUGGUUUUCUAACGGCUGCUGUGGUAUUAAAGGAAAACUGGGGCAUUUCAUUUUGAAUUUUUUGGUGAAGUAUUUCCCUCAUUUAAAAACCUACUCACAUUAAGGAUACAUAAAGACAUUAUUUGAUUGUAGCUCUAAAUAGCAUAUUGUAUGACAAAAACACUGGAUGGUCAAAAACAAUUAUUUAAGCAUUAAAUAAAUUGUGUUUAACUCUGAAA